UUCCUAGUACUCCGCUGGACAGAACACAGAACAUAACGAGAUUAUAACCAUCCCCAACAUCGGGUGGCCGAUUGUAUUGGCACAUCCCCAGCAUGAACUCUGCUCAUGACCAUAGUCACCCACCGCUUCUGUCGGACUCUUCUGACUCUGACUCCGACCAUGGGCAGUCUAGCUCCGUGCUACUUCGCCACAUGGACCUCUCAGACUCCAUUUUCAAAUCUUAUUUCGAGUUCAUUGGCCAGUCAUCGGCAACUGCUGCUGACCUUUCAAAGAUCCAGUCUUUUCUCACAUCCUCCUCCUCCGGUGCUCUAUCAUGCUUGAUAUGCCUCGAACGCAUCAGACUCUCCGAUCCCACUUGGUCCUGCUCCUCCCUCUGCUACGCUGUCUUUCAUCUUGUCUGCAUACAGAGCUGGGCGCGCCAGGCAUCCGACCUCGCCGCCGCGCGCGCGGCAACGCGCCUACCUGUUACAGUUGACAAGGCUGCCGAGUCUGCCACAUGGAACUGCCCUAAAUGCAGGGCUGAAUACUCCAAAACUCAGAUCCCUAAAUCCUAUGUGUGUUUCUGUGGAAAAUUGGAGAAUCCUCCAAGUGAUGAUCCCUGGGUAUUGCCACAUUCAUGUGGCGACGUUUGUAAUAGGCCGUUGAAGAACAAUUGCGGGCAUUAUUGCUUGUUGCUGUGCCAUCCAGGGCCAUGCCCAUCAUGCCCAAAGCUUGUCAAGUCUCGGUGCUUUUGUGGGUCACUUCAAGACGUUCGCAGAUGCGGGUAUAAGGAAUUUUCCUGUAACAAUCCUUGUUCGAAGCUCUUGGACUGUGGUGUUCACAGGUGUUCUGAGAUCUGUCAUGUUGGCCCUUGCCCACCUUGCCGAGCCCGUGGAGUUUUUAAGUGCCAAUGCGGGCAGAAAAGGGAGGAGAGGGAGUGUUGUGAUCGCAUUUUUCAAUGCGAUACUCCAUGCGGGAAGGUUCUUAGCUGCGGGAAGCACAUUUGUCAGAAAGGAUGCCAUUCCAGUGGGUGUGGCGAGUGCCCUUUUCAGGGUAAGAGGACGUGUCCAUGCGGGAAGAGGACUUAUAGAGACAUUCCUUGUGAUGCUGUGGUACAAUUGUGUGGAGCGACUUGCGAUAAAAUGCUCAGUUGCGGAUAUCACAAGUGCCCUGAGAGAUGCCACCGUGGGCAAUGCAUUGAGACCUGCAGAACUGUUGUAAGGAAAUCCUGCCGUUGUGGGAGCCUGAAGAAAGAGGUCCCUUGCUAUCAAGAGUUGUCAUGUGAAAGGAAGUGUCAGAGGAUACGUGACUGUGGGCGGCAUCCAUGUAAACGUCGCUGCUGUGAUGGUGACUGCCCUCCAUGUUCAGAGAUAUGUGGCAAGAGGCUUCGAUGUAAAAACCAUAAAUGUCCUUCUCCAUGCCACCGGGGUCCCUGUGCUCCAUGUCCAAUAAUGGUGACAAUCUCAUGUGCAUGUGGUGAGACACAUUUUGAGGUUCCUUGCGGUACUGAAAUGAAUCAAAAGCCACCUAAAUGCCCAAAACGUUGUCCUAUUACUCCUUUAUGCAGGCAUGCGCCAAAUUCCAAGCCUCACAAAUGUCAUUAUGGAGCCUGUCCUACUUGUCGGCUUCCGUGUGAAGAAGAGUACCCUUGUGGCCACAAAUGCAAAUUAAGGUGUCAUGGUCCACAACCUCCUCCUAAUCCAGAGUUUACACUGAAGCCAAAGAAAAAAAAGACAAUACGGCAGACUGGAGGUAUUCCUGGCACAGCUUGCCCUCCUUGUCCUGAACUUGUAUGGAGAUCAUGUGUUGGGCAACACAUUGGAGCAGAGAGAAUGAUGGUCUGCUCUGAUAGAUCACAAUUUUGCUGUGAAAAUUUGUGUGGAAACCCUUUGCCAUGCGGUAAUCAUUUUUGUACUAAAACCUGCCAUGCCUUAGAGACACUGUCCUCCUCGGAACAGCUACAGAGAAGUGAGCCUUGUGAAGAUUGUACUCUUCCAUGUGAAAAGGUAAGAGAGCCGAAGUGUCCUCAUCACUGCCCUCAGCCUUGCCAUCCUGGAGAGUGCCCUCCAUGCAAAGUGCUCAUUAAACGGUCUUGUCAUUGUGGCUCAAUGGUCCAUGUUUUUGAGUGCAUCUACUACAACAGCUUGUCUGCCAAGGAUCAAGAGUCUGUUCGAUCAUGCCGUGGGCCUUGUCACAGAAAGUUGCCAUAUUGUACACAUCUGUGUCCUGAGACAUGUCAUCCUGGUCAAUGCCCAUAUCCUGAUAAAUGUUCUAAAAAGGUCACUGUUCGUUGCAAAUGCCAAACUCUGAGGAAAGAGUGGUUAUGUCAAGAUGUUCAAGCAGCCUAUUAUCGUGAUGGUUGCCUUCCCAGAGAUGUACCAAAAAAUCACUUUGGAAUUGGACUUAUUCCUUGCAAUUCUGAUUGCAAGAGUAAAGCGCAAGUUGUUGAGUCAGAACUGCAAUUACGUAAAUCCCAAGUUAUGGAGGAAAAAGCACCCGAGACUGGAAAGUCAGUACCAAAACGACGGAAAAGGCGGGAACGCAUACAGCAGUCCAGCCAAUCAACAAAACUGCAGAAAAUUGCAUCUUCUACGAAACGGCUUCUUCUUUUUGUCUUACUGUUCAUGGCCCUUCUUGCGGCCAUAUAUUAUGGCUACAAGGGUCUUUUAUGGCUCAAUGACUGGAUGAAUGAAGUUGAUGAGCGAAGACGAAGAAGAUAUUCUCGAAUCUCAUAAAGUACAGUGGUUAAUUUUAUCCGCCCAUGAGGAUGAAGUGACCCAACAUGCUCGAAAGUACGCGUUAGAUUCUGAGGACAUAAUGAUGCAAGUUGGUUUUAUUAUAGGAGCUUUUCUUUUUAUUAAAAAAAAAAAAAGAGUCUUGAAGAAAGUUUAUCUGUCUGUUAUACCGAGUUGAUAGUCUUCAAUAAAUAUUGGAAGUUUUGAAGUGUCCUACUGUGAUUAUCAUGAACUUAAAGAUGGAAUGCCUUUCUAGUUUUGAUGUUAA